AUGAUGUUGUGGCCAAUAUUCAUUGAUGUUGAAAGUGACAAAGAAAAUGUAAGAGAAAAAGAUCCAAUGCUUGUUAACUGUGUAGAAAAUAUUGAUGAAGAUUUGCUUGGAAGGGUUGUGUCCACUGAAGAGGAAGCUUAUAAUUUCUACAACAAUUAUGCUACGAGAGUUGGAUUUAAUGUUCGGAGGGGACAAAAAAAUUUUUGCGGCAAUUUAGUUAUCUUUGUUCAAAAGAAGGUUUUCGACUAG